UUCUGCCUCACGCAGCACACAGAGUCCUCUCCAGACCACCCCGCGCCCCCCCACCCCCGGCGCAUCCAGAUACCCCUCACACCCCUCCCAUGGGCCAUCUCUAUCUGGGGAUUUAGGACAAAAGGCCAUUCUCUGAUUGGCCGAGGCCAGCGCUUCGAAAACCAGACGAAGAGGCACCGCUGGGAACAGAUCGGCUGAAGUGGGUAGUGAACAGCCUAGGAUAAGAAGAGAAGCAGCACUGUAAAGGCGUGCACACUGGUGGGAUCCAGGAGGCGGUGCCAUGGCUGGGGCCUCUGUGAAGGUGGCAGUGCGGGUCCGCCCCUUCAACUCGCGAGAGAUGAGCAAGGAGAGCAAGUGCAUUAUCCAGAUGUCCGGAAACACGACCACGAUCAUCAACCCCAAAGUACCCAAAGAGACCAAGAGCUUCAGCUUUGACUACUCCUACUGGUCCCACACCUCACCAGAGGAUAUCAACUACGCGUCUCAGAGGCAGGUGUACAGGGACAUCGGGGACGAGAUGCUGCUUCAUGCCUUUGAAGGCUACAACGUCUGCAUCUUUGCGUACGGACAGACUGGUGCUGGAAAAUCAUACACCAUGAUGGGCAAACAGGAAACGGACCAGCAAGGAAUCAUUCCACAGCUGUGUGAAGACCUCUUCACCAAGAUUAAUCACAGUAAUACUGACAACAGCAUGUCCUACUCUGUAGAGGUGAGCUAUAUGGAGAUUUACUGUGAGCGCGUGCGUGACCUCCUGAACCCCAAGAACAAAGGGAACCUGCGUGUGCGAGAGCACCCUUUACUGGGCCCAUAUGUGGAGGACCUGUCCAAACUGGCAGUCAUGUCAUACAACGACAUUCAAGACCUCAUGGACUCGGGAAAUAAGGCCAGGACGGUGGCUGCCACCAACAUGAACGAAACAAGCAGUCGCUCCCACGCCGUCUUCAACAUCAUCUUCACCCAGAGACGCCACGACUCAGAGACGGAUAACGUUUCCGAAAAGGUCAGCAAAAUCAGUCUAGUUGACCUGGCUGGGAGUGAGAGAGCAGACUCCACAGGAGCUAAAGGCACGCGGCUCAAGGAAGGAGCAAACAUCAACAAAUCCCUUACCACGCUGGGCAAAGUCAUUUCUGCUCUGGCUGAGGUGGAUUCUGGGUCAAAUAAGAACAAGAAGAAAAAGAAGGUGGAAAGUUUCAUCCCUUACAGAGAUUCUGUGCUGACCUGGUUGCUGAGAGAAAAUCUGGGUGGAAACUCGCGCACGGCCAUGGUGGCGGCUCUCAGUCCCGCUGACAUCAACUACGACGAGACCCUCAGCACCCUCAGGUACGCGGACAGAGCCAAGCAGAUCCGCUGCAAUGCCGUGAUCAAUGAGGAUCCGAACAACCGGCUGGUGCGGGAACUCAAGGAGGAGGUGUCACGUCUGAAGGACCUCCUCUACGCGCAAGGCUUGGGUGACAUCAUCGAGACAUAUCGGGGCCCAGACGAUGACAGCGUUGGUUUGAAAUACAUAUCCGAUUACAAGAACAAUAACAAUACUGGCCAAGCUGUCAAUCAAAGAGGUGAUCUCUCCACAGUGACCAAUGCCAUGACGGGGAUGAGCCCCUCCCCCACCCUCUCUGCUCUGUCCAGUCGGGCUGGCUCCAUCACUAGCCUGCAUGAGCGUAUCAUGUUCAGUCCUGGAAGUGAGGAGGCUAUCGAGAGACUCAAGGAAACUGAGAAAAUCAUUGCUGAGCUUAAUGAAACGUGGGAGGAGAAGCUUCGACGUACGGAGGCUAUCCGGAUGGACAGAGAGGCCCUGCUUGCUGAAAUGGGCGUGGCCAUGAGGGAAGAUGGUGGUACCGUGGGCGUCUUUUCACCUAAGAAGACACCUCAUCUGGUGAAUUUAAAUGAGGACCCUCUGAUGUCAGAGUGUCUCCUGUACUACAUCAAAGAUGGAACCACCAGGGUGGGAAGAGAGGAUGCACAUACGAGGCAGGACAUUGUCCUCAGUGGACACUUCAUAAAGGAUGAACACUGCAUUUUCACCUGCAGUUCAGAUCCUAUGGGAGAAGCAGUGAUUCUAGAGCCGUGUGAAGGAGCUGAUACCUACGUCAAUGGGAAGAAAGUGACUGAGCCCACUGUCCUCAGAUCAGGGAACCGCAUCAUCAUGGGAAAGAGCCACGUUUUCCGCUUCAACCACCCGGAGCAGGCGAGGGCCGAGCGGGACAGGACGCCAUACGCAGAGACCCCGGCUGAGCCCGUGGACUGGGCCUUUGCCCAGCGGGAGCUGCUGGAGAAACAGGGCAUAGACAUGAAGCAAGAGAUGGAUCAGAGACUUCAGGAGUUGGAGGAUCAGUACCGCAAAGAGAGGGAGGAGGCCAACAAUCUUCUGGAACAACAGAGACUGGACUAUGAGAGCAGGUUGGAGGCCCUGCAGAAGCAGGUUGAUCGAUAUUACCCUGAAGCGCAUGAGGAAGAGGAAGAACCUGAGGAGGAAGUGCCAUGGACGGAGAGGGAGACAGAGUUGGCUCUGUGGGCCUUCAGAAAGUGGAGGAGUUACCAGUUCACUUCUCUCAGAGACCUUCUUUGGGGCAACGCCAUCUUCCUUAAAGAGGCCAAUGCCAUUAGCGUGGAGCUCAAGAAGAAGGUGCAGUUCCAGUUUGUACUGCUGACAGACACGCUGUACUCCCCACUGCCCCCCGAGCUGCUGCCUGCCGAGGCAGCGGAGGAGCGUGAGAGGAGCCCCUUCCCCCGCACCAUCGUGGCCGUGGAGGUGCAGGAUGAGAAGAACGGAGCCACGCACUACUGGACCCUGGAGAAGCUCAGACAGCGUUUGGACCUGAUGAGGGAGAUGUACGACCGUGUCGCAGAGGUACCCAGCAGUGUCAUCGAGGACUGCGACAGCGUCCUGACAGGCGGCGACCCAUUCUACGAUCGCUUCCCGUGGUUCCGCCUGGUUGGAAGCAGCCCCCUAUUCACCGCAUGCCUUAGUGAGCAAGCACAUGAACGCACCGCUUCCCCCAACCCCUCUGAACCCACCACCACCUCCGAAACCACCGAGCUUGUCCAAUCGCGGCUCCGCGGAGGGGUUGGGGCGGAGCUGGAGGACCUCAGCGAUGAUCUCUCCUCGGAUGACCUGUGCUCUGAGCUCGGGGACGACGACGACGAAGACGUGGAAGAUUAUGAAGAUGACGAGAGGGACCCAUGCGGGAGCUCCAAUGAGGACCCGUUUUACGAGCGCCCCCCCUUGUUCAGUGUAGUGGGAAGGGCCUUCGUGUAUCUUAGCAACCUGCUGUAUCCUGUGCCUUUGGUCCACCGAGUGUCCGUCGUCAGCGAGAGGGGCGAGGUGAAGGGCUUCCUGAGAGUCGCAGUCCAGGCCAUAUCAGGCACUCUGGUUUUUCCUCCAGCUGAUGAGGAGGCGCCUGAUUACGGCUCAGGUGUCAGGCAGUCGGGAACCGCCAAGAUCUCAUUUGAGGACCAGCAGUUUGAGAAGUUUCAGGCAGAGUCCUGUCCUGCCGGCCUGUCCCACGCGGGACAUUCUCAGGAGGAGCUGCGUAUCGUGGAAGGGGAAGGGCAGAACUCAGACACGGUGCCAUCUGCAGAUGAAGUCAAUAACAAUACCUGCGCAGCCGAACCAGAAGAUCUGGACAGCCCAGUGAAAUCAGGUCUGGAUGGUGUUCUGGACCACCUCAGGAUUGGAGAGCUCUUCACAUUUAGAGUCACUGUACUCCAAGCAUCCAACAUCUCCUCAGAGUAUGCAGACAUCUUCUGCCAGUUUAACUUUAUCCACCGGCAUGAUGAAGCUUUUUCCACGGAGCCUCUGAAGAACACAGGGCGAGGUCCUCCGCUGGGCUUCUACCAUGUGCAGAACAUUGCCGUGGAGGUUACCAAGUCCUUCGUGGAGUACAUAAAGGCACAGCCUAUCGUGUUUGAGGUGUUCGGGCAUUAUCAAAAGCAGCCAUUCCCGCCCCUGUGCAAGGACCUCAUCAGUCCACUACGUCCGUGCAGAAGACAGUUCCCAAGGGUUAUGCCUCUGUCCAAACCAGUGCCUGCGACCAAGCUGACGACCCUCGUACGACCCACAGCAGGUCCCUGCCACUGCAAAUACGACCUGAUGGUGUUCUUUGAGAUCUGUGAGCUGGAGGCCAAUGGAGACUACAUCCCUGCAGCAGUGGACCACAGAGGAGGAAUGCCCUGUCAUGGCACCUUCCUCUUACACCAGGGAAUUCAAAGGAGGGUCACGGUGACCAUAGUGCAUGAGUCAGGGGGAGACAUUAAGUGGAAGGAAGUCCGUGAGCUUGUCGUAGGCCGCAUCCGGAAUACACCUGAAGCCGACGAGUCCAUCAUUGACCCCAACAUUCUGUCCCUCAACAUCCUGUCUGCCGGAUACGUCCGACCCUCCCCGGAUGACAGACAGUUUCUUGAUUCGGACAUGCCUAGGACGUUCUACCGUUUCGAAGCUGCCUGGGACUCGUCAAUGCACAACUCUCUCUUGCUAAACCGAGUAACUCCGUAUGGGGAGAAAAUCUACAUGACUCUGUCAGCGUACCUGGAGAUGGAGAGCUGCACACAGCCCACAGUUAUUACCAAAGACUUCUGCAUGCUCUUCUACUCCCGCGAUGCCAAACUCUCUGCGUCACGCUCCAUCAGGAGCCUCUUCAGCAGCGGUAGCCUGAGAUCGUCUGAGGGAAACCGAGUGACCGGAGUGUAUGAGCUCAGCAUGUGCCAUGUGGCGGAUGCGGCUAGUCCCGGGAUGCAGAGGAGACGUAGGCGUGUGCUGGACACGUCCGUGGCAUACGUGCGCGGGGAGGAGAACCUGGCUGGGUGGAGGCCCCGCAGUGACAGUCUCAUCCUGGACCACCAGUGGGAGCUGGACAAGCUGAGUCUCCUGCAGGAGGUGGAGAAGACCAGACACUACCUCCUCCUGAGAGAGAAGCUGGAGUCCACCCUGCUGCUGAGCCAGGAGGCGCCGUCGUCCUGCGCGGGCGAAGAUCCCACCGAGUCCUCUUCCCCCUCCGCCCACGCCGCCCGAGGCCUCGGCCCCGAGGGCGAGCCAACACCCGACACCCCCAGCCAACGGCAGCGAGAGCUCACAGCCAAGUGUUUGCGUCUGCUCACCCACACCUUCAACAGAGACUACAGCCACGUGUGUGUGAGUGCCAGCGAGAGCAAGCUAAGUGAGAUGUCUGUAACUCUCAUGAAAGACUCCACCUCGGGCUCUGCCCUUAACACUCUCACACCGUCCUCCACCUGCCCCUCGCUGGUGGAGGGUCACUACGGCAGCAACACCGAACUCAGACCCACAAUGCCCUGCUCCCGUGCUGUCAGCCCUAACCCAGAUUCCAUGCCUGAGGGAGAGGUCAAGAAGUCGCCGGUCGUGGCCCCGGAGCCAAGGCCAAAGUCCCACACCUUCGUCCCUGACAUUCAGGAGAUCCGAGUCAGCCCCAUCGUGUCGAAGAAGGGCUACCUGCACUUCCUGGAGCCCCACACCAACGGCUGGGUGAAGCGCUAUGUGGUGGUUCGCCGGCCCUACGUCUACAUCUACAACUCGGACCGAGAGCCGGUGGAGAGAGCCAUCCUCAACCUGUCCUCUGCCCAAGUGGAGUACAGCGAGGACCAACAGGCCAUGUUGAAGACUCCCUACACGUUUGCGGUGUGCACAGAGCAUCGUGGAAUUCUGCUGCGAGCCAGCAACGACAAGGAGAUGCAUGAUUGGCUGUAUGCAUUUAACCCCCUCCUCGCUGGAUCCAUCAGGUCUAAACUGUCCAGAAGAAGAACAGCACAGAUGAGGCUUUGACUCGCCCAUCAUACUGCAGUCUGUGAAAGACAAGAAGACUCAAAAAUUAAAGACUGGUCCUUGUAAAUAGAUCUCCCGAGAGAGCCACCACUUCCUGUGUUGAGUCCAGCCUCUGUUCCUCGGCAUCCC